AUGAUAUUCCUCUCCUCUGCAGAUCAUACAUGUCCGCCCAUGAAGCUGGAAGAGAAAUGGCCUACCAAUGUGAACAUUCACAGAGAAUUCACAGGGUUUGAUUUAGCUCAGAAGUUUCUUCUCAGAAAAGGCACGGUGACGGACAACAGGCUGUUGUUGAGACUGGGGAGUAAACCCUUGUUUAAACCAACAGAAUCUGUGUUCCCAAAUGGACUUUCGCAUGAGUACUCCAUUAUUGCCACGUUCCGGCUCAGAAAAACCACAAAGAAAGAUCGCUGGUUUGUUCUGCAGAUCUUUGAUAAAGGUGGAGAUACACAGGUGUCAUUAAUAGUGGAUGGAGCUAAAAAAACAGUCGAGUUUUUGGCUCAGGGUUUUCUGAAAAACAGCCUCCUGUACGUGUUCAAGAACCGAGACCUGCAUGCCCUCUUCGAUCGACAGUUUCACAAGCUAGGUGUGUCUGUCGAGAGCAAUGCUGUCUCCGUCUACCUGGACUGCAAAUUGAUUGAGCGUCAGGUGACAGCUGAAAGGUCUGGCAUGAACGUGAGCGGACGCACGUUCAUCACCACUCGAGUGGAGGAUGGACGUCCAGUGGAUAUUGAACUUCAGGAGAUUCUGAUCUUCUGUGAUGGUAGAAUAGCCGACUUGGACAGAUGCUGCGAUUCUCCUGGAGUUACGUGUGAACCUGUAGUGACCCACAACCCCACAGCGGCCCCACUGGUCACAGGAUACCUCCACAGAAUGCUGUCCAUGCCAGCCCAGCUGCCCAGCGACCGAUGCCACUGUCCCGCUCUGAAGGGGGAUCAAGGGCUUCCGGGUUUGGCAGGACAUUCUGGACAAAAGGGAGAUAAAGGAGACAUGGGUUUGAAAGGAGAUCCUGGACCUCAAGGCCUACCUGGUCUCAAAGGUGAUAAAGGGGAAACAGGUCCGUCAAGUACGGGAACACUCUCGGUUGAGCAGCAAGCUCAAAAAGGGGACCAGGGUCCCCCAGGAACUCCUGGAGGAAAGGGAGACGCUGGCCUGCCCGGUCAACCAGGAGCACCAGGGAAAGAGGCCAAAAGGGUGAGUAAACCGAUGCAGGUCGCCGCCUGUGUGGGCUGGAUCCAUGUUGCGUAUAAGUGUUUGUGUGACUGAGCCAUCAGCCAGACGGGCUUUUGGGAGUGACCCGGCAGCAGCUGGAACGAGAGAAAGAUCGGGGAGCUCUGUGUGGGCCUAGUCUCAUGGGAAUGACUGUGAAUAUUCAACUGUAAGGUCAAUCGUAGACUGACAGCAUGUGUGGCCGACCCCAGCAGGAAACAAUCUCAAGGGUGAUUUACUGUUCAGUCGUGACAUGCUCGAACGUAUUGAUAAAACGAUACUGUUUCAUUAUUGAUUUUAUCCUUUGUUUCUCAUCGCCACCGGCCAAGGGUUAAAUUGUUAGUCUGCCCACGGCACGAAAGCUUUAUGUGAAAUUUGACUGCCUGCAACAAAUUGCGGUUGCGCGUUCCGCUUAUUUGAAUUACCUAAGCCGCUGAGCCAUUUCACUAGAGGCGCGCUAACACCUGUUAACGCAAAUGUUAUCUCGGCUCCUCGAGUGGUUAAUGGUCCUGAAUGGUGUACAGUUGUUUCUCGACUCCCUUGAAUGUGAUAAAAAGUAUUAAAAAUGCAUGCCACUUAGAUGGAGGAGAAUACUUGGGUCUGCCGCAGGGACUGUAAGCACAGCAUUAAGCCCAUUCAACAGAAUGAAUGAAUAUUUAUAAUCCUCCGCAGUGGUGUUCACUGGAGUGUUAUCAUGACACUGUUGGGUAUUUUCAGUUCAAUGAUGGAUUGAGUGAUGCACUGUACCAUAGACAUCUGGAUUUUGUCCACAUUGGU